CAAAUGAUGAUGUAAGCUACCAGAUAGUACGUACCAGAGUGCAUACCAGAGAGAUAGCAACCAAGCCCCACAGUCGUCUAAUGAUAACGCCUAAGAGAUCAGAACAUGCAACAAGCGGUAACAGAACAGAGAAAGAGAUACACCCUUUAAGACAAUGGCCAUGGAGGAACAAGCACAUCGAGAACACGCUAAAAAACCCAAACUUUACGUUUUGUAGAACUGAUAUCAACUUGAUCGUCGAGAAAGAUGCUGUUGAUUACAUCAGCGAGAUUAUGAAGCACCCCCUGAAGAAGCUCUCCAACGAGUUGAAGCACCUCUCAGUUCGGUUCCUCCGAACAUCCAAAGCUGAGGUCCAAACUGCUUUAAGACUCAUCUUCCAUGAUAACCUCUCUCACCUUGCACUAGCGUCAGGCGUACAUGCGUUCUCUUUGUUCCUGAUGAGUAUGGACAAGUACAAGUUCAGUAAAUCUGUCCGGUGUCUUCUUUCCUUUUCUGUAGGACACUUCUUCAGAUGGCUGGUGGAUCACAACAUAUCAAAGCGGGUAACUGACUGCAGUGUGGUUUAUCUAGCAGCUGCAUUCCAGUGUCUCACUGAGGAGCUUCUCACCCGGACCAUCCAGACCAAAGUAACAUCAGAUUCCAGCAAAGGGAAGCAGAAAGCGGGGAAGGAAGUGCCCACUACACAGGUGUAUCAGUACUACAACAUCCUAGACUGGGACACCAGCUGGUGCCCUCCCUGCCUCAACAGAGACUCCGGUCCUAGCACCAGCGGAUGGGUUGCUGGAGGGAAACAAGAUUUUGUGUUAACUAGAGAAGUGCUGCAGUCGGUGAUCGAGCAGGACGAGGACUUAGCUCGGGUAUUUGGGGUGGAGUUUGUUAUUGGGAGUGAGGAGGAGGAGGAGGAGGAGAUGAACCAGGGCCCUCCUGAUAGCCCUAACUUAGAGGAUUCUCUGGGAGCGCUGGACAUGACAGAAUACUUUGAGGACUGUGGAUGUGAGCACUGCACGGACAUCAAGUCACCCCUGGGUACGCCAAGUAUAUUUGUCUCCACCAUCAGCUACAGGAACAGAGCGUGUAAUCAGAUCAGUAUUAGAGAGUGGAUCAGAGUAGCAGGGAUAUACGCUGCUCACCAUCUUAGUGAACUUAUAGAUGAGGAUGAUAUCUCUCAAGCUGCUAAAUUCCUACUUGGUAUUGACUACCCUCCACGCAGAUACGGACUAGAAGACCCACUCUGUCUGUCUCACAAGCUAAACUACGCCUCCAGCUUCAACUCCCUCCCCUUUAAACUACUCACAUGUGGCAGAAACGACUCCAUCAGACAGGCACUCUCCGCCAUCGGCCCUGACGGCAUCAACUCUCAUAUUUACCAGGGAAUGACCCCAUUGAUGUGCGCUGCUAAUGCAGGGGACUACAACCUGGUUCACUUACUGCUAGACGCAGACGCGCACCCCAACAUAGCAGUUCCUGUUCCUUUGGAUAACACUCAGGUUAUUCCAAUGGAGAACAGAAGGUGGACAGCGUUAUCGUUCUCUGUUAACCAGGGUCACACUGAUAUAGUAAAGCUGUUACUGUCACGUGGGGCAGCAGUGGAAGGAAGUAUGAACAACCCCGCCGACAUUACAACUGAGACACCUCUCCAACUAGCUGCGGCAGCUGGAGACAUUGCCAUCGUGGAGUUGCUGUUGGAAAAGGGAGCUGACCCCUUUCUAAGCAGCUCUAUACAUAGCAGUGGUUCAACACCUCGGAACAGGGGUGGAAGUAACGCAAUAGCACUGGCAGUAGCACACGGUCACGUGGAGGUGCGGCACAAGUUACUGCAACACCAGCCCAGUGUUAAAAGUAACGACAUGCUCAGUUUGCAGGAGAUUCUCGCCGAGGGAUAUCUGUUCCAGAACAAUCGAGCUCACGGUAUCAGACUGUCCCGUCUUCGUAAGCUACAAGAAGCUCUGUAUCUGGCGUGUGAGCAUGGUUAUCUUAACAUUGCUCUAGAGCUGAGGUCUAUUGGGGUCAUGUGGAACCUUAACUUCUGGACUAGAUGUCUGGAGACAGCGUACGAAGAAGAAAACCUGGAGAUAGUCCGGUAUCUUCUUAACGAUUACGACUGCCUCCGUGUAGAUGAGUUUUCUAACGCCUUCUGUAAAGACGGCAUCGUUCUGCUGUUUGAAAUUUUCCAGCAUUCAAAGGAGGAGGACGUGGUCAUGUCGGCAUGUAAGAUGUUACAACAUUGUUACGGCGUGUUUCAGUGGAAACCUAUUACUAACUUCAGUCAGCAUGCUGCUCCUGAACCAAGGAUAGAUUUAACUUACGUAAACAACAAGGAGUUUAGUGACGUCACAUUUCUGGUAGAAGACAAAAUGUUCUACGCUCACAAAAUAGUCAUCGUCACCGGAAGUGAACGGUUCAACGCUAUGCUCUCAAAGCACUUUGUAGAGGGAACAAGUGCUGUGGUGGAGAUUCCUGAUAUUAAAUACAGCAUAUUUGAGAUAAUUAUCAAGUACCUGUACGCUGGAUCAGUUAACUGUGUGGAUAUAAAGAGCAGCAUAGUACUUGAUGUGUUAAGCGCGGCGCACUUCUUCAUGCUCGACGAACUACAGUUUUAUUGCGAGAGUUUAGCAGCCGGAUCUAUUACUAAAGACAACGUUAUAACUGUUUAUCAGAAAGCUAAGUUAUACACCGCACAUGACCUCGUUCACUCUUGCCUUCAUUUCUUCCUGGGCUUUCUUCCUGAGCUCAUAAAAAAAGAAGAUUUCGCAAAUCUGCUCGAAAAAUCAGACCUCUGUAGUGUCCUACAGCAGCAGCUCUCAAAGCGAAUCCAGAAACGUAUCAAAAGUCGAUCCAUGUCAAUCAACAAUCCGCCUCUAAUCAGCAAUUAAUUAGUUAAUUAUCCAAUUAGCAGGUGAUUUGAACUUCUGUUAAUUAGCUUAUUGGUUAAUGGGUUGUCGUUUUAUUUCCGAUGAUUGGGAAGAUCUCUCCUGUAUAUUUCAGUUUAACUUGUGUGAUUAAUAAACCAUCAAAAAUAAUUUAAAGUACAUGAUUUAAUAGAAUAGUAAUAAUAGUAACUCAAUUAUAAGUAAAUGACUCUGUAAGAUAAUUAAAGCAUGCCAUUUUUACAUAUUAUAAUAGUCAUGACAGUUGAACAUCAAGACUGAUGUUUCGUAGGUGUUAUAUUUUAUCUCGCAAAGUAGUAAUUUAAUCAGGAAAACAAUUCACUUUUAGUGGUUAAGUUCACUUUUAUUGGUUAAGUUCACUUUUAGCUGUGCUCUAUUGCCAUCGCUCAGCUUCUAUUAAAACUAUUGCUCUACAGUGUUGGAGUAAUAGUUAAAAUGUAUUACUACAUACAAUACCCUAUACAGUAUACAUUUAUGUACAUAUUAUUAUUUUGUUUAAUGUUCAGCUUUACAAUUUAGGCAAACAAUCGACCUGAUGGUAUCAAGCAACAAAAUAAGGUAACUUAAUUCGCAGCGUAUUUUAUUUAUCUUCAUCUUAGAUUCUUUUAUCAGUGAACUAUAUAGGAAGUAUAGGGUGACAUAGGAUUUGCUGAUUUUAACUACGUUAUAUUUGCUUUAAUAGUAAUGAUAUUGAAUAUUGAUGGCAUUUGCUUGUUUGAUAAACGUUUCGGGGUUUAUAAGGGCUAUAUAAUUUGAUUGCGAAUUUAUUUUUUUAUUUACUUGAAUAAUUAAAUGAUUAUUAUAAUAUAGCUGUUAAUUGGUAUAUAACUUUUUACAGUCAAAUUUACCAUUUUUAAAUUUUGGAAUUGUAAACAGUGCUUUUAAGCACUUGACAACUGAAUAUUAUGACUUGGUAAAAUGCGGUGGAAAAUGGGUUAAAAUCUAAAUAUAUAGAUAACGACGAAAUGUCCAUUUCUGCUUAAACUGCAAGGUAGCCGAUUUCAGUUCCACUUUAAAGGGAUUGGAAUAUUUAGGAUUAUUGAGUAGGGUUUACGCACCUCAGGCAAUCACUUUUGAUUGAAUUGACCUGUUUUAAAACUUUGAGUGACCCUUCAACUUUGGUGACUUUUGAAUUGGGUCAGGGACUUUUUAUGCAAUCUGUUUUGGUGUGCACUCAAAGUAAUGAGAAUAAUCAGUCUGUAAAGCCGAAUGUUGCAUCUUAUAAAUCGGAUUAAUUUUAAUCUUACAAUUUUGCUUGUUUCCACAGUGUUGCUAGUUUUACUCUAAAGUUCGAUUGAAAUAGAGCCAAUAA